AUGUCUACAGUAUCCCCAGUCCUUCUAAUCCUCGGUGCAGGAUCUAACGUGGGCGCGAGCGUGGCUAAAGGCUACAAGGUCGCCCUAGCCUCGCGGAAAGCUAAGGAAGAAGACAGCAGUCUGAAUCAACUGCACAUUGCUUGUGACUUAUCUGACCCGACCUCUGUGCCCUAUAUUUUUGCAAAGAUUAGAAAAACAUUAGGUGUCCCGAGUGUCGUAGUGUAUAAUGCUGUUGCUGCACCCCAAGCCGACUUUCAGGAUCCUCUUUCCAUGCCCUUGGCUGAGUUCAAUUUGGCUUUGAAAAGCAACACGACUAGCGUUUAUGCUGCUGCGCAGGAGGCCGCAAAAGGCUUUGCCGAGCUCCCAAUCGAGGCUUCGAAGACUUUCAUCUACACCGGAAAUAUUAUAAACACGAAAGUCUUUGGUGUUGGGAAGGCAGCUACAGCGCAUGUUAUUGAAUAUUUUGCUAUGGCAUACCCGUUCCGCGGUUUCAAGUAUCGAAAGCUCGAUGGAUCCCCUCUUUACGUCGGCAUUGAUGGAGAGGCGUAUGCAAAAUUCUAUGAUGAGCUUACCGAGGUCAUCUCGUAG